AUGAAGUUUACCAUUGAAUCAGAAGAUGAAGCUGCUGGUCAAGAUAAGAAGAAGAAGAGAGCCAGAACCACUACUGCCCAGGUUCUUGGAAAUCCCUCUAUGAGGAGAGACUCUGAAGAGGAAGAAGAGGUUGCUGCACCAGCACCCAAGGCACAAAAGCUAAUGGGUGAUGCUAUUAAGUCAGGGGUUGCAACAUCAAAGCCCAAGGAAGCACCCAAAGCUGCCCCCAAGCCCAAGACUACACCAAAGAGGAAUACCAGGAGUAUUCCAGCUGCUGAGAAGAACAAGGCCCCAGUGCCUGAAGUUGCUGAUGAGGAAGAUGAUGAAGGACAAGUCCUGAGAAAGCUCAAGCCCAAGAUUCCAGACCACAAUGAUGCUCAUCCUGUGGCUGAGAACAUGAAGUUGAGAAAGGAUGCAGGACUCAGAUUGUGGAGGCUGUCAGAUCCAUAUGCUACCAGGAGAAGGACCGCUGUUGACUACAUGUUCCACACUAAGGAACAACAAGACUUCUAUGAGACAGUGAUGUUGGACAAGAAACCAAUAGUGUGUGAUAUGAGGUGGGUCGACUGGACCUACAUGAAGGAAAAUGAGGAACACUAUCCUGGAGUGCAAGAUAGUUUUGUUGCUUGUGGAGUUGCAGACUUUGUUGGGCAGAAGCUCACAAAGUGGAAUGAUGAGCUCAUUAUGCAAUUCUACUCCACAGCACACUUCUAUCCAGAUGGCAGGAUGGUUUGUAUGUCUGAAGUACCAACUAGAAAGCUAAUCGGCUUCCUCGUCUCGGAGCACGGCAUUGAGGCAAAUCCGGAGAAGAUCAAGGCCAUUGAGCGCAUGCACAAGCCAGCCCGGUUGCGCGGUGUCCAGAAAUUCACCGGCUGCUUGGCCUCGGUCAGCCGGUUUCUCAGCCAGCUGGGUGAGAGGGCCUUGCCCCUGUAUCAGCUGAUGAAGAAGACGACGUCGUUUGACUGGAAUGACCAGUCGGACGAAGCCUUCCAGGAUCUCAAGAGCAUGCUCUCCAUCGCACCCGUCCUGGCUGCGCCGACCAAGAAGGUGCCGAUGUUGCUCUACAUAGCCGCCACCUCGCGGUCGGUCAGCACGGUGAUGGUGGUCGAGCGACUAGAGAAGGGCAAGAUCCAGUCCGUCCAGCACCCGUUCUAUUACCUGAGCAAGGUGCUUUCCGCCUCCAAGCUAAACUACCCGCACCAACAGAAGAUGUGUUACGGCGUGUAUUUUACCACCAAGAAGUUGAAGCAGGAUUUCCAAGAGCAUGUUGUCACCGUUGUCAGCACGGCCCCCGUCGGCGAGAUCAUGGGUUGUCGAGAUGACUCUGGCCAGGUCGCCAAGUGGGCAAUCGAGCUAGCCGGCCACACCAUCCUCUAUGAGCCCCGCACCAUGAUAAAGUCCCAAGCUCUAGCCGACUUCCUCGUCGACUAG